UGGUAUAUUUUUUUAAAUUUAAACUAUUUGGGGAAUUACUUAAAAUUUUGCAUACAAUUAAAAUGCCUCCUAUUCAAAUGACAAUUGGGCAGUUAGUCCAACUUGCUUUGGGAACACCAGACAUUACUAAAUUCAAUAUGGCACUACUUCACACUGCUUUAAAUUUUAUAAUGAAAAAACUUCAUUGCGAAGAGGACAAAAUACAGCUUGAAGGUAUAGUUUUCGAGAAACUAAAUGAUCGAUUGGAAUCAUCACUAAUCUCUGCAAUACCAAUCAUAAAUGAAGGCAUUGACAUAUUCACACCAAACCUAAAAUUGUUAGAUGAGAUAGAUGAAUGCAUACAAAGCGCAGAAAAUAAACUUAAUUUUCACGUUAUUGAUUCCUGUUAUAAAAAUAUGGAAAAUAUAGAGGGUUUACAUACCAUUGUUGACAAAGAAAGCGAAAUAGCAGUCUCUUUACUUCAGAAUGAAGAUUUUUUAAAAUGGCUUUGUCGCACUCUCACUGCACCAACAGUAGAUCGUUUAAACGUUAUUGGAAAAAAAAUCGAUCAUUUGGGUUCAGAAUUCUAUUCAUUUAGCUAUCGAAUCAGUGAAGAAUAUGCGGACGCAAAACUUCUUCCAAUUGUAUUGCAAAAAUUAUAUAACCUAAAAAAUCUGAUUGCAAACAAUCAUAAAAACUUUAUAUCUGCUAUGACGGAAUUACAUUGGAUUUUGAAUGCAAAAAUGGAUGUGUCACAUAUACCCCCAUUUAAAAAGGAGUUUUUUGCAGCACUAAAGGAAAUCGAUGACAUGUUAAAAGACAUGAAGAUUGGCAAAGCUGCUGGUGUAAUUCAGCAUUGUAAGAAUCUUGAUCACACCACUGUCAUUACUGAGGAAGUUGAAACUAGUAGUGACGAAGAAAAUAUGUCGGUAGAAACGAAAUUAUCUGAAAUCAACAAUGAUGUAUUACUUAACGAAAAAGCUGAGUGUGGUUGCGGAGAAGAGAAGGAAGAUGAUAUAAUAUUUCUUAAGGGAACUGAUGACACAAUUUAUCGCAUUGGAUAAUAAACGAAACGCACUCUAAAUA